AUGGCAGACUCAACAAGAGAGGCGGCUGCGGAUCCGCCGCGGGAGCGUCGCCGAAGCACCAGCCCGCAUCCUCACUCCUCCUCUGCCCGCCGGCACCGCGACGCGGCAGAGACGCAAGAAAGACACGGAUCCCGUUCAGACCGACACAGAGACGACGAUCGCAGCAGCAAGAGGGACCGAGGCGAGGACCGUGGCGAGGAUGCGCGCAAGGACCGACACAGGGACAGCCACCGCCGCUCCGACGCCGCAGAUCGACCCUCGUCUAGCCGCCACCAUCGAUCCCGCUCCCGCUCUCGCUCUCGAUCCCCCUCCUCCCGCCGUGACAGGGAUCGCCGUCAUCAUCAUCCAUCCGACCGCGACCGCGACCGCGACCGUGACCGUGACCGCCACCAUGAUCGCGAUAGGGACGGCUCGCGGAGGCAUCGCAGCUCUCGUCACCGGUCACGUUCCCGCUCCCGCUCCCGCUCGCCGUCCGACUCGGACGACAGCCACCGCGAGUCCAAAGAGGAGCGACGCAGGCGAAAGGAAAAGAAGCGCCAGCGGAAAGAGGAAAAGCAGCGCUCCAAGGCCUCUGCCGCUGUCACCGAGCAAUGGGGAAAGCAUGGCAUCAUCUCCGAGACCGACCUCACUUCAAAGCUCGAGGCAGAGUUCCGCGCCUGGCUCGUCGAGGAGCGGCACAUCAAUCCGGAAACCCUGUCCAAGGCCAACGAGAAAAAGGAGGCGUCGCGCUUUGUCGAGGACUAUAACACGGCCACCUUCACCAAUCCAAAGUAUUACAACCUCGACCUGCACGAGCGCAAGAUGGCCGCCAUCAGGGCGGGCGAGACGCUGCUGGACACCGACGGGUACGAUCCGCGCGCCGACGAGGAGGCGGCGCGGCUGUCGCACCGCCGAGCGGCCAAGGUGCAGGACAGCUACAUGAGCCGCUCCCAGCUCGAGGAGCUGCGCAGGGUGCAGAACGAGCGGAUCGAGGCGGGCAAGAUGAAGCAGCUCGGCAUCAAGACGAGCGCCAGCAUGGGCGUGCGCAUGGACGGUAGCAAGUUUGACAAGCGGUAG